GCGAUGGUGUGGGCACAACAUCUUUGAACGAUACACCUGAUAAUUGUCUGAGCCUCAUUCGUCGCAGAUACGGGCGGACAACACUUCUUGGAUGGGUACCCGUUGUGUGUCCCAUGCGUUAUGCGUGUGGGGCCGACGUGUCCAUGGUCUUCAGAGACCCUCUCGCUGUUUCGUUUUUUGUGACGUACUCAGAUGGUUUACUGCAUCACAUUCAGUACAUGUCGGUGGAGGACAUGGCAGGCAGCGAUGAUAACAGGGGCAUUCCAGAACCUCAUAUUGCACGCACAAUACAACCGGCAUGUGAGGUAAAUGGACCGCCUCCAGACACGGACGUGGCAUGUGCUGCAAACAGACAAGCUGAAGACACGGAUGCGGGAUGUGCUGUUGUGGACAAGAGCAGACCACCAAGCGGCACGAUAAACAGCGAUGGUAGCCGGAAGAUUGAACGAGGAAUGAAGCGGAAGGCCACAAGCAGAAGAGACAAUGGGGGAACACCGACGCUAGCAGAGAGGGGGAGGGGAGGAAAUGGGAAGAGGGGAAAAACACCAAUGGCACGUGGACGACGGAGAGGAAGGGGGAGGGGGCAGGGAGGAGCAGCAAUGGAUGGCCCAGGGGAAACACGAAGAAAAAUUGGUGGAAGCGAAGGAGUUCAGAGGCGCAAUCGCCAACCUGGAGAGGCUGCUGUGGCAUAAAUGCGCCGGUUGCAACCCAGCACAGACCUUUGCAUCGCUUACAAACCAUUUGUAAGGCUAGUGAGGGAGAUUGUGCAGAAAGAAGAAGUUGCAACAAAUCCAAUGCGGUUCC